AAUGCAAUGCACCGCCAAUGUUCCUAAAUCUAAUAUCCCAUGAGUCCCUAAGGCAUUUCUCCAACUAUCCAUUUAGCCAAAGUUGAUCGUAGUUAUCAUCACAAUGCGUCGGAUUGCCCUUUUCGCAUGUCAAUCUGUCCCAUUGGGUAUAUGGUUAUUAACUUCUCCGCACUGGAGGUGACGAGAGACGUGGAUUUCGAGCUUUCUCCAAGAAGCGACGGUUACAUUAGGGAUAAUUCAAAUCGUUGGUAUCUAUAAAAGAUGGCUUUCACGCCCAUACCUACGUUUUUGGAGGUCGUGGGGUAUGUCGGAGGCAUAGUUCUAGGCUUAAAUCCAAAAAUUCGAAAUGGCGGGCCAACUCUUCGCGUUAGGCCUCUUCGCCGUUACGGGAGCCGUCGCGCAAUCGGUCGCUACUUACGACUACAUCGUCGUGGGAUCGGGCCCUGGUGGAGCACCCCUCGCGGCCAAUUUAGCACGAGCCGGCUAUCCGACGUUGCUCCUAGAGGCGGGUGAUGACUUAGGGAACAAUAAGAAUUAUUCGGAGAUGGCCAACUUCAACCUCGCGGCGAACGACGAGAAAUCGAGGUGGGACUUUUUCGUCAAGCACUCUUCAGACGAGGAGCGCGAGGCCAAGUACGAGCAUACAACGUGGCGUAAGCCUGAUGGGUCAUUCUACGUUGGCCUCGAUCCUCCAGAGGGUUCUGAAAGGCUAGGAAUUUGGUAUCCUCGCUCGGCUACCCUUGGAGGUUGUGCCAUGCAUAAUGGUGGUGUGUGUGCGCUCCCCUCUGACGACGAUUGGAAUGCGAUUGCCGAGAGCACUGGAGACGACACAUGGUUGGCGAAGAACAUGCGACAGUACUUCGAGAGGAUAGAGACGGCUCAAUACGUACCUCCGGAAACUUCUGGGCAUGGAUAUACCGGAUACCUCAAUCUCACAAUUAGCGACCCUGCUUUCAUGCAGCAGUCUUCUGACGUGCGGAACAUCGCACGCAGUAUCAUUAAGGUCACCGGUGGCGAUGUGGCCCGGGAUAUCAAUGCGGCAGAUCCGGACCGAGACCAAUCCACUGGCGUCUUCGGUCUCGCUAGUCACGCCGAUCCUACGGGUCACCGUGUCGGUACCAAUACCUACAUUCGAGCGACUUUGGAUGACCCGGCCAAGUACCCCUUAACCGUCCAGCUCCAGAGUCUCGUUACCAAAGUGCUAUUUGCGGAGGAUACCGAGGAGCCAACAGCAAUCGGUGUCGAGGUCCUCCGGGGCCCAUCUCUGUACAAAGCCGAUCCGCGCUAUAACGGUACUAAAGGAGACGUCGUCCAGAUAUUUGCCAAGAGAGAAGUUAUCGUGUCCGGUGGAGCGUUCAACACGCCGCAGAUCCUCAAGCUCAGCGGUAUAGGACCAGCCGAAGAGCUCAAAAAGUUCAAUAUUCCCGUCGUGAAAGACCUCCCCGGCGUUGGAGAGAAGCUGGCGGACAACUACGAGGGAGGCGUGCUGGCUUUGGCUAGCAAGCCGCUGAACGGAUCGUCGGGCCCGAUCGCAGUGCUCCUUAAGACACCCACGGCGCGAAAGAAUCGCAACAUCUACGGCUGGUGCAAGUCCUUUUCCUUCGAAGGGUUUUGGCCUGGUUACCCUACUGAGUACGGCCCGGCGCAGUAUGAGUGUGCGUUCGUGCAUAUGAACCCCCGGUCGCAGGCUGGGUACGUCCACCUGCGCUCGAGUGACCCUCAGGAGCCUCCGGAGAUCAACUUGAACUUCUUCAAGCAUGGCGGGGACGAGGACCUGACUGAGAUGUUGGAUGCGGCAAAGAUCUUCCGGAAGGCUAUCACGUCAGUCGGGGAGCCUAUUGCGCCCUUCAACGAAAAGCACCCGUGCCCCGGCAUCAACCAGAACUGCACAGACGAAGCGCAAAAGGAGUUCCUGAAACUUCAGACCUACUCUCACCACGCCUCGAGCUCGUGUGGAAUCGGCCCCGUGGAUGACAAGCUGGCGGUGCUCGACUCGAAGUUCAGGGUCCACGGCGUAAAGAACCUUCGUGUCGUUGACGCGUCCGCUUUCCCGGCCGUCCCAGGCGCGUUUCCCGUCUGCCCAGUUUUCAUGCUUGCGGAAAAAGCUACCGACGAUAUUUUAGGAGAUAUUCGAAACUAAUUCUCACCUUGCACGGAUAGGCACGUAAGAUGGAAAGGGGGGAUUUAGUGAAUAGAGAAUAAAACCGGGCAAAUAGACAAGGUGGACAAUGAAUCACACAAUGGGCAUUAAGUUAACACUGCAACGGCAGUUACAAUUUGAAGAGGCUCUACGUCGGAGUUCUUGCUUGAGAUUCUAAAUAUGCUAUACCUAUUGCAUGCUUCACACCUUCCCCUUAGCUAUCUUCCAUCUUUAAUAUACCUAAUACUGCACAUCUACAUACAUAUGCCUAGGGAUGUUUUAUUCUAAGGAAU